CACUCUUCCAAGGGCAUUGGAUACUAAACCCCACCUAACAUCGCGCGCCUGAAAUACCGGACCUGGCCAUACAACACCACACCCAUCCAAGUGCGCAUCCGCGCGCCCUGCUCUCGACAAAAUGAUAACGACGCAAGCCCUUUCCACGCGCCUGACGCAGCUUUCCGACGCCAACAAGCAGACGGUGCAGCUCAUCCAGCGGCUCGCGAAGCUCCAGUUCCAGCCAGGCUCCACGCCGCUCGACGCCCAAGACGAGGGGGACGUCCGAGUGGAGCUCGGCUCAGAGAUCCACGAGGGCCUGAAGCAGCAGGAUGAGGAGCUCGAGUUUCUGCGCCAGGAAGUCGAGGAGCUCACGGCUUCGAGCGUGAAGCGAAAGGACAACAGCGAGCGCGAGCGCGAGAAGAGCCGGCUGAACAUACAGAUUGCGCGCCUAGGGGAAGACCUAAAGCACGCACGCAGCCAUUUCCGCCGCGCCCAACUCUCCGCGAAAAAGAACGCCGAAGCCGCCAAGCAGAAGGAGCGCGAACUCCUCUUCGCCGGCAUCCAAGAAGGCAACAGCACGCCGACGAGCAGCAGCCGCGCACGCCGCCGCCAAGACAAAGAGCUAACACAAGACGAGAUCGUCGGCCAAGCCUCCAGCGACGUGACGCUCGCGCUGCGCCGAACGCACCAGCUCAUGACGAGCGAGCUGUCGCGCUCGCGCUUCGCCCAAGAAACCCUCGACCAGUCGACGGCCGCGCUCGCGGACCUCGGCGAGCGCUACACCGACCUCAACACACUGCUCGCCAGCUCAAAAACCCUGCUUUCCUCGCUGCUUAGGUCCCAGAAGAGCGAUACCUGGUAUCUUGAGACGACGUUCUACAUCCUCCUCACCACCAUCGCCUGGCUGCUGUACCGGCGCUUCCUCUACGGCCCGCUGUGGUGGUUCCUCUGGCUGCCCCUCAAACUCGCUUAUAGGGCGCUUUUCGCCGUUCUUGCGGCUAUAGGCCUGUCUGGCGGUGCUGGCAGUGCCGGCGGUGCCUCCCUAUCAGUUCCCUCCCUCGCAGCAACACAGUCCCCAACAAGUCACCUCAUCACAUCAAGCAGCAGCAGUAGCAGCACCGCUAGCCAACAACAGCAAAGCUCUAUCGAAGGCGACGACCCCAGCCCCACCGCCAGUCUAAGCCAGCAAGUCGGACAGAUGGCCGAGCAAGACCAGCAACGCGCGCAGGAAGCGCACAAGGGGGAGGUGGAGGGAGUUGUGGAAGAGGAGGCGGUGGCGAUAGAUGGAGUGGAAAGGGAAAGGGGAGAAGACGCGCAGACGAGGGGCGACGGCGUGCCCCUGUCCAAGUCGGACAAGCCGCGGAAUGCGAAGAAGCGAAUGUGGGAGGAGGAUGUGGAGGGGGCGAGGUACGAGCAACAGCGGCAGCAGCAGCAGGAGCAGAAGCAACAGCGGAGGGAGAGGGACGAGCUGUAGAGUCCCUCUACUUCCUGUCUGCCUACCUACCUAUAUAAUAAACCUAGGUAUUGUAUUGUAUUUGUAUUGUAUUGCCUCUUCCUCC